UAUUGCUCGUUAGCGACACACGGCGGUGGGUGGCGGCGCCCUGUCACUUUGACAGUUGUUGACCGCGGGGGAGACAGCGCGGUCGCCGGUCACUGUCGUUUCCCGCGUGAAAAUCGCUUUCCCCGCUGUCGCGCUUCAACACGUGAACAGUGUCCUACCGACCGCUCGCGUGACUCGCCGCGCUCCCAGCUCACCUCAUCCUACGGGAGACGUUGUCACCCGACGCCCGCCCGCAUCACACUGCCCCCGCCUUCCUGGUCCCCGCGCGCGCAGAAAAAAUAACUAGUUCCGAUUUCAAAAACUUUUCAAAGCCGUUGUGUCAUCGAUCGAAGUUAAUAAUUGAACUGUCUUGUUUACUGAGCGUCGUGGAGGCGAUGCGGUCCAAGGCGGUGGCGAGGCGGCUGCAGGCGCAAGGCACAGAAGAAGACCCAAAUGCAAUUGCAACUAAUGAUAAUGCAGCAGCAGACAGUCAAGAAUCUGGCAGCCCCCCGCCCAGCCCCACUGACUCCGCCACUUCAGAAUCAGCCCCCACUCUAGUCCACAUCAAGCAGGAGAACAUGCCUCCCGGAGCCGACCUCAAAGAGUACUACGGCUCCUUAGACUUCGGCCUAUCAGACACAUACCUACCUUCCAACUACCCUGAAUACGCCCCUGGCUUCUUACAAAGACCAUUAGAUUUACAAAACCAAAGGUAUCUAGAUCCAGAAAAAAGCCCAAAAGAUAUCAAAGAACCACCAGAAGAUGAAAUAAAAGAAAUUAAUAUACCUGGUGAGCUGAUACUAAAAAAUGGCGGUGUUUUUGCGAGAUCUAAUAUUCUGGUUGGAACAAAGUACGGCCCUUUCGUCGGAAAGUGGGGAACGCAGCCGUUGGACUCCAAAUACGCCUGGGAGGUGGUCGGCAAGAACGGCAUUCGGGGAUGGCUGGACGGCACUACAGAAAAAGGAAACUGGUUGAAACUGAUCCGCUAUACAAACUACACCCACGACGCCAACUUACAGCAUACACUGCACGCUGGUGAAGUAUGGUACAAGGUGAUCCGGGAUAUCUCCUCAGGCCAGGAGUUGUUGCUGGGACCCAGGACUCCACUGCCCUUGCAGGAUGUGAUGCCCUCUAGCGAACACCAGAGUUCCAGUAACAAAUUCUCGCAAGCAGAAGAGGAAGACAGAGAGGAUACAGAGCCGAGGUGUUCCUUCUGCGACGCGCCCUUCCCUAACAUCGAUGCUCUCGACCGUCACCUGAUCCAGGCGCACGGGCAAACACCCGGUGCAUUUCAUUGCGAGCUCUGCAACCGUGCAUACAGCUCCCGAGCAUUGCUGCUGCGACACCGGGCCCUAGCCCACACUGACAUCAGGAAAUAUCCUUGCGAGAACUGCCCUAAGGUAUUUACCGAUCCUUCCAACCUCCAGCGCCACAUCCGCGCGCAGCACGUGGGCGCGCGCAGCCACGCGUGUCCAGAGUGCGGGAAGACCUUCGCGACCUCCUCGGGCCUCAAGCAGCACACUCACAUCCACUCUAGCGUCAAGCCGUUCCAGUGCAAAGUCUGCUUUAAGGCAUACACCCAGUUUUCUAACUUGUGUCGUCACAAGCGAAUGCACAUCGCCUGUAGAGCCCGCGUUGAGUGCGGGAAAUGCGGCCAGUCCUUCACUUCCUAUGCCUCGCUCACUAAACACAAGCGGUUCUGUGACUGCCAGAGUGCCAGCGUCAACCUCCGAGGCCAGAUGCACCAAGGAAUACCGCAGAUACCGCCCCUUCCAAACGUCGGGAUGAAUAAUCCAAAUAAUCCAAACCCGUUCCCACUAUACAGAGGACCUACACUGCCAUUACCGUACAAUUCUUACUACCCAGCAUUAUUUUCCGCUGCGGCAGCUGCUUGUCAACCGGAGUUUUUGAACCCACUGCUUUUCAAUGUUCAAGGAAGACUGGCAAUGGAACAUGACAUUGCCUUAUCAAAUGCAAAUAUGGCUAAACAAGAAGAUCGAAUGUCUGUUAAAAGUAUUGAUAGCUCAACAUCAUUAGAUGAUAAAAAAAAUAAAGAUGCGGAGUUUGAGAACAGGAGAAAUAAUGACAGUUCAGACAGAACUACACCAAAUAAAACACAGAGUCUGUACUCUAAACAAUCACCACGGUCAUCUGAAGAUAUAUCUCAGCCACGACCCUCGCCAGUUAUGGCUGUAUCAUCUCCCAUCGUACCAUUCAAUUUUGCAAGAGAAGAUUUAAAAGGAAAGUCUCCCUUUAAUUUCUCAUUGAAACUCAAUAAUAAUGAAAUAAAAGGACACAAAUCAGUUUCUCCUUCGCCUAAAGAUUUGUCAAAAAGUAUUACAAGUGAGGAUAAGAAUUCAGAAUAUUCUGAUGUAGAAGACGAUCCUAAGAAAGAUUUAGGCGAUCAACCGUUAGAUUUAUCGAUUUCAAGAAAACAAACUGACAUGGAUUCUGAAGUAAAGAAUAAUGAUAGUUCCUUUCGCAACUUAUCAGUUAAGUCUUAUUCGCCACCUGAAAGUCCCACAGAGAGAAGCAAAACUCCUGAAAAUGACACAACAGAUGUAGACGUAGAAGGCGUUGAUACUAAACGCGAGGACUCACCUUCAAUGGUCUCUCAGCCUCUAGCGUUCCCAAUGCCCGUCCACCCUCAGCACAACAACAUCAUUGAUGCCAUGUAUCGACCUAGGUUUCCUCCCUUUCAUUCAGCAGACGCGCUUUUGAGUUCCACACACUCGCCUUACGUACCAAGUCCGUUUAAUUUUUUAUCCCCACUUCUCGGUACUGAUGGUCCGGAGCGGCAAACGAGCGCUUACGCAAAAUUUCGUGAACUGAGUGCCGGUCCUGGUAAACUACGUGACCGUUACGCUUGCAAAUUCUGUGGAAAAGUAUUUCCUCGCAGCGCUAAUCUCACACGCCAUCUCAGGACACACACAGGGGAGCAGCCUUACAAAUGUAAGUACUGCGAGCGUUCCUUUUCGAUUUCGUCCAAUCUGCAGCGUCACGUGAGGAACAUUCACAACAAAGAGAGACCGUUUAGAUGUCCGUUAUGUGACAGGUGUUUCGGCCAGCAGACAAAUCUGGACCGGCACCUGAAGAAGCACGAAGCGGAGGGUGGAGACUCACCGAGUUCAGCGGAUACAGAACGAGAAGAUGCAUGCUUUGAUGACAUCAGGUCUUUUAUGGGGAAGGUGACCUGUUCCCCCAGCGCGGGCUCGCCGCCGCCCGCGUCCCCGCGCGUCGCGCCGCGCCACUCGCUCGCGAUCUCCACAUAGCCCUCGCUGUACUCGCUGCCGCCUCCGCCUCCGCCUCCGCCGCCGCUAUGGCAGCAACCCUUUGAAUAACACGAACAUCGUAUGAAGUUGCCUCAUGUAAAAAAUGUAUAUCAACAAAAUAAAUCCUGCUCGAAAUAUCUGUUUGUUUUCAAGUGCGAGAUCGAAGCGUUAAAAUAACGGAGCCUAUAGAAUUAUUUACCUAGGUAAUCAAAUUUUUGGAGGCUAUAUUUUAAUCACGUAAAAUAGAAAGUUUUAACACUUUAUUGUAUUAACUUUAAGGAAACACAUCAAGUUCGUAGUACAACGCUAUUAAUUCUGUCGUAAAAUAAAAAUAGAAAUGCAAACGAUGGUUUUGAUACCAGUUUUGUAAAAGUUAUUGAAAAAUACAAAACAUAUUAACAAAAUCAUUUUCAUUCAUGACAACGCGAACGAGUACGUUUUUAAUGUAGCUACUUACUUCAUAGAAUAUUGUUAAUAAUGUUUAUCUUAUUUGUUCCUAGUGUAAAUUUAAAAUAUAUUUAGAUGAAAAGUAAAUUGUACAUAUUUGUUAAUUUUUAUUUCUGUAACUUAAGUUUCAUAAAAGUGCUAAUUAGAUGUCUAUUAAGAUUUUUUUUCUGUGAAAUUCCAAAAAUGCCUAUUUAUUCUUAAAUUGAAGUAAAUAAAUUUUAUUUUUAGUCGAAAACUACCAAAGGUUCUCUUUAUGCAUAAAUUAAUCUUCUUGAUAUUUCUUUUAUUAAAAUACAUUUAUGUAAAUCAAAAUAUUUGGCAUUUAUAAAAUUUUUAAGUUAACACUUCCUAGAUAAUCAUAUUUUUGUUAAAUUUGUUAUUAAUACAGUUAUUAUUGUAAAUAGAAAUACAAAAUUGACAGAAGCAUAUCAUAUUUAGAACGAAGCUCAAAAUAUUUAGUUAUGAGUCAGUAAUAUAAAAAAAUAAUUAAGUAGGUAUCUAGAUAUAAGUAAAUUAACUUUUUCAUUAUCAUCGAAAAUCAAACCGUAAGUAAUUUACUAAUGAAAGUAUUUUUAACUUUACCUACGUUCCUUACACGUGCGUAAAUUUUAGAUGUUAUAAAUUGUAGAGGUGAUGAAUAAUCCGAAUCGCUUAAUAAUUUUUGUUUUGUGUAUAAAUGCUUACAUAGCUGAAAAAUUAGGCGAACGACUACUGAAUGAGAAAUCCAUAGUAGAAUCCAACUACGUAUGCGUAUUAUUUCGUACAAAAUACCUAUUAAAAAAAAUGUUUUACAUAUGUUUUAGACUGAUAUAAACUUUUAAUUAGGUACUUUCAUCAGUAAGUAACUUAAUAUAGUAAGCAAUUUGCUAUCAUUAUAAUCACAACUGUAUAGAUGUUUAGAAACAAAUGUAAUAUAGAGUUUUUGGACUUAUUCUUAUCUCUCUUGUAAUAUAUUUAAAUUGCAAUAUUUCUGAUGUUAUCUCCAUUUGUAAUGUAUCACUUGGCGGGUAGGGCCACUAGACACAUGGGUGACGUAUUGUAAUGGUAUAAUACGCUCUUAGCCAGGACGCCCUCACAUCUUGUCCAAUAAAAACAUAUCCUUAAUUAGAAUGGGUAUCUAAUGGCCGGACCCCACUUGCACUAGAUAAAUAAUUUACAUAAGACGUUUUAUCGCACGAAGCGAAUCUACACUUGUAAUUUAAUUUUAAAUUCAAUCGCAACAUUGUAAUGCAUUGAAAAUAAAACGGUACAACUU